CCUCCUGAAACGUUCCAAACUGCAGCCUGCUGAGAAGCCACCCGGCUGCUGCUUACAUCCAAGUUACACAGUUUGCUGUAAGGUCUCCUGUUUUCCCUUUUAGUUUUUGCAGAUUUGCAACAUGGGGCUAAUGUCAGGAAAUCUGCUGGUCAGCGUGGACCCUUCUUCUCCUCUGUUCAUUGCCACUGUUGCUCUCUGUCUUCUCGCCCUGGUCCUGGUGGUCCUCAGGAUCCAACAGAGCCAGUUGGACCAAACAAAGUUCCCCGCUCCUCCAGGCCCCACACCCUGGCCCCUUGUGGGCAAUCUGCUCCAGCUGGGGGACCAGAUGCACCUUUCUCUGACUCACUUUGGGCUCCAGUAUGGUGAUGUUUUCCAGCUGCAUUUGGGCUCCUUAAGGGUUGUGGUUCUUGGUGGGUUCUCAACCACCAGGCAGGCGCUGGUUCGACAGGGAGAUGACUUUGCUGGACGACCUGAGCUUUUCACAUUUUCUGCUGUGGCUGAUGGGAACAGCAUGACCUUCAGUGAGAAGUAUGGCCCUGCGUGGCUGCUCCACAAGAAGCUGUGUAAGAACGCCCUCAGGUCCUUCUCCCAGGCAGAGCCCAGGGGAUCCGGGGCCACCUGCCUCCUGGAGGAGCACAUCUGCGCCGAAGCCACUGAGAUGGUGGAGGUGAUCCGGGCUAAAGCUGUAAAAGACUCAGAUACAAUGGGCAUAGAUCCAUCAAUCUCUUUAGUCACCUGUGUGGCAAAUGUAGUGUGCGCCUUGUGUUUUGGGAGAAGAUACAGCCACGACGACGAGGAGUUUCUCACUAUUGUCAACAUCAACAACGUGGUCCUGAAGCUCUUUGCUGCAGGAAACUUGGCUGAUUUCUUCCCUGUGUUCCGGUACCUGCCGAGUCCAUCUCUGAGAAAACUGGUCCAGUACAUUCACAGGAUUAAUGGAUUUAUGGAGCAGAGGAUUGAGGAGCACAUCAACACCUUUGAUAAGAACCACAUCCGGGACAUCACCGAUGCUCUGAUUGCACUUUGUGAGGGCCGAGAAGAAAAUAAAGAAACGUCUCUGCUCUCCAACUCUCAGAUCAUUCACACCGUCAUAGACAUCUUCGGUGCAGGUUUUGACACCAUCUUUGCUGGGCUACAGUGGAGCCUGUUGUACCUCAUCAAGUUUCCUGACAUCCAGGAUAAAAUACACCAGGAGAUAGAUGACCACAUUGGCUCAGCCAGGCUGCCCAGGUUUGCAGAUAAGCCCAAUAUGCCAUUCACUGUAGCGUUCAUACACGAGGUGUUUCGUCACUCUUCAUAUAUUCCUUUCACCAUACCUCACUGCACCACCAGAGACACCUUCCUAAAUGGAUAUUUCAUCCCCAAGGACACAUGUGUUUUCAUCAAUCAGUACCAGGUUAAUCAUGACAUGGAUCUUUGGGGUGAUCCGGAGAAGUUCCGCCCCGACCGUUUCUUAGGUCCGUCUGGGCAGCUGAACAAGGAGCUGAUGGAGAAGGUCCUGAUCUUUGGUGUGGGGAAGAGGCGAUGUGUUGGUGAUGUGUUUGCACGUUUGGAGAUGUUUGUCUUUCUCACUACGCUGCUUCACGGGUUGAGGAUUGAAAACGUUGCCGGGCAGAAGUUGGAUCUCGGUGCAGACUUUGGUCUGACUAUGAAACCACGACCGUACAGGAUUGCAGUCUCCUCCAGGUUUUAGGCCCACUGAACUGGACUAGAGGUUUCUGUUUUCCUGACAAACUGGGAAAGAACCAUGGUUGUGAGUUUGAUAAAGAUGGCCAAGGGUGAACUUUGAAUGAGGUCCAGUUUUACCAAAUUAAAACUGAAUGUAGGCUGAAAACAGUCCCUCAUUAAGGGCCUUUAUCUGGACCUUUUUAUUUACAGUUAGACACUGAAAGAGGGAAAUAAGUCUUUGCAACAUGAUGAUUGGUGCCUCAGGCCUGAAACUGUUUAUUAUAACUUUAUCACAGUUGAGCUAUUAUCUCCUUUGUUUCCUCCUAUCUCUUGUUGAUUUGUGUCUUUCGGGCCAAAGGCCACAGUGCCUCUGUGUUAUUUUAUCAUUUGUUUAUUUCUAUUUGUUUUUUGCAGCGGUGUCUCAUUGUGAAAACCACCCACUGUCAUCUUAAUGUGGGUGAAGGUUAUGCUAAAUAUUCCUUCCUCUGUGCUUCCUCACUGGCUUUGUUAGGACACAUAAACAACAUACAGUAAAUGUAGCCUUGGGUCUUUUGGAACAUCCUUUUCCUGGCUCACUAUUCUCUUGGCCUCCAAAACACCCAGAUUAGAAGCAAUCCCAGAUAUAAAUGUGAAAUAAGGCAGCUCUGUUUCACAAUUAGAAAAGUCUGGAAGACAGGAGUUUGAUUGAGUUAUCCAGAAAAUCAAAUUCCUUAAAUGAAAAACAAACAUUUAGUCAGGACUGUGAACUGUGUUUUAUUUUCCAGCAGAGUCCAGCUAGGAAAAAAAUAUUUCAUGAUUGUAGAAAUAUUUGAAACAGUAGUGUCAGACUUAUAUUAGUUUAUUUAUCAUGAAAUUACAAAUAAAUCUUAUACAUUUUGAGUCAUUACAUAUAUUUACGAAAUCACUGUUUGUUUCCUUUAGGAAACCUUUUAAAUUAACAAAGCACUAAUUAUUACUAAUUAUUGUUUGUUGUGUGUCAUUUACCUGUUGUUUCUUCUUAAAUAAUGUGAAAUAAAGUCAAGUAACUCAGUUGUACAGAAGAUUCUUGUGAAAUGAUCUACAAAAAUAUACUGUGUUUAAAUCUGUCUAAAUAAACAUUACAUUUAAAAGGGACUGA